UAGAUUUGAAAUGUUUAUUUUACACAAAACAUAGGCUCGAAUAUAAAAGCAACUUUCUGUCCACUCAAAAGAUAAUUGAAAUACCGCGCUUAUCGAUCACUCUUGCGACGAUUCAAUGCGCGUUGUCACUGUUACGCUUGUGGUGUGUUGAAAUGGAGGUGCACGAUGUGAGUAAACAAAGUGAAAAAUCCCAUAAGAGCCAUGAUACGAUAUUUAUCGGAAAAGUGAGGCAGAUUAUCGCAACUGUUUGCCUCGGCCCAAUAUGUUUCGGGGUGGCAUUUACGUGGACCUCACCAGUUUUACCCCAGUUGCUGGAAGGCAACGCGACAAACUUUAGCGGAACAGGUUUAUCAGUCAGCGACGGGUCAUGGGUCGGGUCGAUGGUCGCAAUCGGCGAGCUAGUGGCAUCCGUCCCCCUAGGAUACUUAGUGGGACGUUACGGCGCAAAAAUCUGUACGCUACUCCUGCUUGUGCCGAUGUUAAUUUUUACAUUUAUCGCGAUUUUCCUAAACGACGUAUACUCACUAUGCAUCGCGAGGUUCUUUUCGGGAAUGGCGACCGGAGGCAUUUGCGUCGUUGGACCCGUGUACAUAUCGGAGAUAAGCCAAAUAUCAUUCAGGGGAGUUUUGGGAUCUCUCUUCGAGAUGUUAAUCUACGUCGGCAUGGUCUUUGUGUCGGUCAUAGGAGCGUACCUCGACUACAUCAAGUUAACAAUUAUCGUGGGCGUCCUCAAUUUGCUCAUCGGAUUAGUAUUUUUUUACCUACCGGACAGUCCAACGCAUCUGAUCAAGAUGAAUAAAAGGGAGAAGGCGGCGAAGGCGUUGAGAUUUUACAGACACUCGAAUUACGAGGUGGACAACGAUUUGGACGAGCUCUACGAGCGAAUACACAAAGCGGAACGAAGCGAGCGAUUCACAAUCGAGACGCUCAAAUCGAGAGUCGUAAUACGUGGGCUGAUUGCAACAGUUGGAUUGACCAUCUUUCAGCAGCUUAGCGGAAUUGAUGGCAUCGCCUUUUACUUGGUGCAAAUUUUUCAGGCUGCUCAGACUAAUAUUGACGAUUAUACGUCAGCGAUAAUAGUUGCGGUUGCUCAGUUCGUCUCGGCUCUAAUUGUAUUGUUCAUCAUCGAAAAGGCGAACAGAAAAACCUUUUUGCACGUUUCGGCCAUUGGAAUGGCGGUGUGCUUGGCGGCCGUCGGCGCGUUUUACCAACUGAAGAAGAAUGACAUCUACUUUCCCGGUCUGAACGCCAUCCCCAUCGUCGGUUUGGUAAUGCACGCGUUCGCGUACUCGGUCGGCUUGGGACCGAUACCGUGGAUUGUCAAUGGAGAAUGUUUUGCGGCUGAUGUUAGUGGUGUCGCCAAUGGAAUUAUUAUGACGGUUAACGUGUUUGUUUUAUUUCUUAUAACGAAGAUAUCGCCCAUUGUUAUGGACAGUCACGGGACCGAAUACGUGUUUUACUUUUACGCUAUAUGUAUGGUUUUGUGUGUUGUUUUUGUACAUUUCUGUGUGAUUGAAACUAAAGGGAAGUCGUUACAUGCAAUUCAACUUGAAUUAAGCUCUUGAACCGGAUCAGUAUUAAAAAUGUAACUUUAAUAACUAUUAUAAUAAAUUUAUAAGGAAUAUUGUUUUCACUGCCGACAGAUGGCGUGUCUCAAAACUAAUGCCAUUGGGUAUAUCUAGUCAAAUGAAUAUAGUGAACUGAACGUAUGGUCUUCUGACCGAAUGUAGAUGCGCUGUUUCCAGAAUAUUUCUGCGACUCGGUUACAUUAAAAAUUUUGAUUAUUUGUACUAAAUUCGAGGUAAUGCCAAACAUAUUUACCUUGGAUGUUAAAAAUGUUUAUAAAUACAUAAUUAAAAUUUCUUUAAAAUUAAA